ACCGACACCGAGCACAGACAGGACCGGACUGUCUUGCUUGUGUGUUUUGUUUCUUCAUCUUGCUCACAACAAGUUUGACAGCUGCAGAAAACGGUCCAUCGGGCGGACAUGCAUGCGUAAGUGAGCAAAGAGCGGGGUAACGGGAGCUGGAGAGGCUGAGAGAUGCUGCACUGGUGAGGAAAAGGGGAUCACUGCAAAGCAAGAGGCGGCGGGGAGAAACUUAACGGGAAGCACGAGAAUGAUUUCAUCAUUUUCCAGUGUGGACUUGCGCGCUCACAUACUUUGAUAACAUAGUUUGUGUGCUGUAGUCUUCAAACUGUGGGCUGGUUGUAUUUUUUUAGAUAUCCCACAGCGCAGCUCUCCUUUGGGAUUCGCAGUGUUUGUGGUACAGCACUCGCAGCCUUGACCUCAGGCUGCUUAUCUAUCCACCCUGACAGAUUUAUUUGUGUCACAUCACUGUGAAGCCAAACAUCUCUGUCAGAGUCUUGGUGUUAUUUUGCUGGAGGAUUUCAGCAGAGAUGGACCAACACAUCGCACCAUGCGUCACUCCAAACCUGACGGGAUAUGAAACAACACAUCACUUGCUCAUCGUUUAAAACCACUGCGACACCUCAAGAGUGAUUAUUUAUUUCUCCAUCCCAUCACCCUGAGCAAUUGAAGUAAACUUUUCCUCUCCGGUCCUCCUCCUCUGUCUCUCCCCCCUCUCUGGUGAAACCUCCGUAGGAUCUCCAUGAAGCGACGCACCGGGUGAUUAUACUUUGUUGGGGAUUUUGCUCUCUGCACACCGGGACAUCAUGUGGACGCCGACGGAGGACGAGAAGAUAGGAGUGGUGAUCUGCAACUUCCGUGGCUCAGUGACUCAGGGUUUGGCCCUGGAGGUGGGAGAGACGGUUCAGAUUCUGGAGAAAUGUGAAGGAUGGUACAGAGGAUUCUCAACGAGGAAGCCAAAUGUCAAGGGAGUUUUCCCAGCCGGCUACAUUCACUUGAAGAAAGCCAUCGUCACCAACAGAGGGCCACAUGAGACUGUGGUGCCUCUUGAAGACCCCAUAGUUACUGAGGUGACGUCAACACUGCAGGAAUGGGCCUUACUGUGGAAACAGCUCUAUGUGAAACACAAAGUCGAUCUGUUCUACAAGGUUCGCCACGUGAUGAUGGAACUCAUCGACCUGAGACGGCAGCUGCUGUCUGGUCACCUGACGCAGGACCAGAGCCGAGAUGUCAAGAGACACAUCACUGUCAGAUUGGACUGGGGCAACGAACACCUGGGUCUGGACUUGGUGCCAAGAAAGGAGUUUGAGAUGGUGGAUGAAGAUCAGAUAAGCGUGUCGGAUCUUUAUAAGAUGCAUCUGUCCAGCAGACACAGUGUUCAGCAGAGCACCACACAGGGUGACAGUACGCGGCAGCGGCAUGGAGAGCCGUGCAGAGUUCCAGUACCGCACCACCUACUGGUCAACCUGAAGAGCUUCACCUACAACAGCAUCGGAGAAGACACUGACAUAUUCUUCUCUCUGUACGACCUGAGAGAGGGCAAGACCAUCAGCGAGAAGUUCAUGGUCAGACUGAACAAGAAUGGCGGACCAAAGAAUCCAGAGAAGGUGGACAGGCUGUGUGCCCUCUUCACGGACCUGAGCAACAAAGACAUGAAGAGAGAUCUCUACAUCAUCUCCCAGGUCAUCAGAACAGGUCGUAUGCUGUUGAAUGACAGUAAGAAGGGUCCUCCACAUGUUCAGUACCGUCGGCCAUAUGGCUGUGCUGUCCUGGCUAUGAGUGACGUGCUGCAGACCAUCUCAGAGCUCAAAGAGGAGAAAGACUUUGUCCUGAAAGUCUACACGUGUAACAAUGAGAACGAAUGGUACCAGAUCCACGAGAACAUCAUCCGCAAGUCCAGCACUAAAUACACAGCUCCUAGCACCAACUACGGUCUGAUCAUCUCUCUGCAGCUGCUGAGGGGCGACAUGGAGCAGGUCCGCAGGGAGAACCCUCUUAUCUUCAGCAGGGGGGUGGCCAUGACACGCAAGCUGGGCUUCCCCGAUGUCAUCAUGCCAGGUGACAUCCGUAACGACCUGUACCUGACCCUGGAGCGAGGGGACUUUGAAAGAGGAGGGAAGAGCGUUCAGAAGAACAUUGAAGUCACUGUUUAUGUGCUGUACGCUGAUGGAGAGAUCCUAAAGGACUGCAUCAGCCUGGGUUCAGGUGAGCCCAACAUGCCGGAGCACCGCUCCUUUGUGCUCUACCACAACAACAGCCCUCGAUGGAGUGAGGUGAUUAAACUGCCAAUUCCCAUUGACCGCUUCAGAGGGUCCCACCUGCGCUUUGAGUUCAGACACUGCUCCACAAAAGACAAAGGAGAGAAGAAGCUGUUUGGUUUUUCCUUCACUCCUCUAAUGAGGGAGGAUGGAACCACUCUUUCAGACGAGAGCCAUGAACUCUACGUUUACAAGUGUGAUGAGAACACCACCUUCAGUAACCACGCCCUGUACCUGGGCCUGCCCUGCUGUAAAGAAGACUUCAACAGCUGCCCCAGCAUCCCCUCCAGCCUCAUCUUCCAGCGCAGUGCCAAGGAGACGUUCUGGAUCUCCACACAACUCUCCUCCACAAAGCUCACUCAGAAUGUGGAUCUCCUGGCCCUGCUGAAGUGGAAGGCCCACCCAGACCGGGUCAUGGACAUUCUUGGCCGGCUACGACACGUCAGUGGAGAAGAGAUAGUCAAGUUUCUCCAAGACAUUCUGGACACAUUGUUCUCCAUCUUGGACGACAACACCGACAAAUAUGGACCACUGGUGUUCCAAUCAUUGGUGUUCAUUAUAAACCUCCUCAGGGACAGUAAAUAUUACCACUUCAGGCCGGUGAUGGACACGUAUAUCCAGAAGCACUUUGCUGGCGCACUGGCUUACAAGGAGCUGAUCCGCUGUCUGAAGUGGUACAUGGACCGCUCUGCUGAGGUGGUCAGACAGGACCACAUACAGGAAGCAAUGAGGGCUCUGGAGUAUCUGUUUAAGUUCAUCGUCCAGUCUCGCAUCCUUUACUCUCGGGCCACUUGUGGUAUGGAGGAGGAGCAGUUUCGCACCAGCAUCCAGGAACUGUUUCAGUCGAUCCGCUUCGUCCUCAGCCUAGACAGCCGCAACUCAGAGACCCUCAUCUUCACACAGGGCUCCCAGCCUUGUCCAGCCCCAAAUCAAGCCCCAGGCCCUGGCGUUGGGCCGGCCGCUCCUUUAGCACUAGCCCCUGGCCCGGGCCAAGCCCAGCCCCCUGCCCCAGGACAGGCUCCUGGCAGCGGGCAGGCCAACUGCACUCAGGCCUGGAGCGCCAACGCUCUGCGGCCGUCUCCACUGUCAGCCGCUCUGUUGAACUCGUUCCCAGCCAUCUUUGAUGAGCUGCUGCAGAUGUUCACGGUGCAGGAAGUGGCAGAGUUUGUGCGUGGCACUCUGGGCAGCAUGCCGUCCACGGUGCACAUCGGACAGUCCAUGGAUGUGGUCAAACUGCAGUCUAUAGCCCGGACAGUGGACAGCAGGCUCUUCUCUUUCCCAGAGUCUCGAAGGAUCCUUCUUCCUGUUGUUCUCCAUCACAUCCACCUCCAUCUGCGGCAGCAGAAAGAGCUGCUCAUCUGCUCUGGAAUACUCAGCUCUAUAUUCUCUAUCAUCAAGAGCAGCUCACUGGACACGUCAGUGCAGGAGGAGGUGGAGAUGAUGGUAGAGUCCCUAUUGGACGUCCUCCUGCAGACCCUGCUGUCAAUCAUGAGCAAGAGCCAAUCGCAGGAGGCGGUAAGGGGUCAACGCUGUCCGCAGUGCACCGCGGAGAUCACUGGAGAGUAUGUGUCAUGCCUCCUGUCCCUCCUCCGCCAGAUGACAGAUAUUCACUUCCAGCACCUGAUGGAAAACUUUCAGAGCAAGGAGGAGCUCAAGGAGUUCUUGUUGAAGAUUUUGUGUGUGUUUAGAAACCUGAUGAAGCUCAGUAUUUUCCCUCGUGACUGGAACAUCAUGAGGCUCCUCACCAGCAACAUCAUCCUGACCACAGCUCAGUACCUGUCUCCUGCUCUGCACAAGAACUUCACAGAAGCUGAAUUUGACUUUAAGCAGGUGUGGAACUCCUACUUCAGUCUGGCGGUGCUCUACAUCAACCAGCCCAGUUUACAGCUGGAAAACUUGAGUCCUGCUAAGAGGAAGAAGGUCUUAGACAAGUACGGAGACAUGAGAGUGAUGAUGACCUACGAGCUGUUCAGCAUGUGGCAGAACCUCGGAGAGAAUAAGAUCCACUUCAUCCCUGGUAUGAUCGGCCCGUUCCUGGGAGUGACGCUUGUUCCUCAGGUGGAGGUACGAAACAUCAUGAUCCCCAUCUUCCACGACAUGAUGGACUGGGAGCAGCGCAAGAACGGGAAUUUCAAACAGGUGGAGGCUGAGCUGAUUGACAAGCUGGACAGUUUGGUGUCUGAGGGGAAAGGUGACGAGAACUACAGAGAGCUCUUCGGUUUGCUAACCCAGCUGUUUGGGCCCUACCCAAGUCUGUUGGAGAAGAUUGAGCAGGAGACGUGGAGGGAGACGGGGAUCUCCUUCGUUACCUCCGUCACACGGCUGAUGGAACGACUGCUGGACUACCGGGACUGCAUGAAGGGAGAUGAGACAGAGAACAAGAAGAUUGGCUGCACUGUCAACCUGCUGAAUUUCUACAAGUCAGAGAUCAACAAGGAGGAGAUGUACAUCCGCUACAUCCACAAACUGUGUGACAUGCAUCUGCAGGCUGAGAACUAUACUGAGGCUGCAUUCACUCUGCUGCUGUACUGGGAGCUGCUGCACUGGGACGAGCGGCCUCUCAAAGAGUUCCUGCAUUAUCCUGCUCAGACCGAGUGGCAUCGCAAGGAGGGGCUCUGCCGCAAAGUCAUCCACUACUUCAACAAGGGAAAGUGUUGGGAGUAUGGUAUCCCUCUGUGCAGGGAACUGGCCUUCCAGUAUGAAUCACUGUAUGAUUACCAGAGUCUAAGCUGGAUACGGAAAAUGGAGGCAGCGUAUUAUGACAACAUUAUGGAGCAGCAGCGUCUGGAGCCGGAGUUCUUCAGGGUCGGAUUCUACGGCAGGAAGUUCCCCUUCUUCCUCAGGAACAAAGAGUUUGUCUGUCGUGGUCAUGACUACGAAAGGCUAGAGGCCUUCCAGCAAAGGAUGCUGGGAGAAUUCCCACAGGCCAUUGCAAUGCAGCACCCCAAUCAGCCCGAUGAGGCCAUCCUGCAGUGUGACGCACAGUACCUGCAGAUCUAUGCUGUAACACCAGUACCAGACAGCGUCACCGUCCUCCAGAUGGACAGAGUCCCCGAUCGCAUCAAGAGUUUCUACCGGGUCAACAAUGUCCGGCGUUUUCGAUACGACCGACCUUUUCACAAAGGACCCAAAGACAGAGAUAAUGAGUUCAAGAGUCUUUGGAUCGAGAGAACGACCCUGAUCCUCACUCACCCUCUGCCUGGUAUCUCCCGCUGGUUUGAGGUGGAGAAGAGAGAGCUGGUGGAGGUGAGUCCGUUGGAAAACGCCACCUCUGUGGUGGAGAAUAAGAACCAGGAGUUGCGGACACUGAUCAGCCAGUACCAACACAAGCAGCUGCACGGCAACAUCAACCUGCUCAGCAUGACGCUGAACGGAGUCAUCGAUGCUGCCGUCAACGGAGGCAUCGCCAGAUACCAAGAGGCUUUCUUUGAUAAGGAGUACAUCACCAGCCACCCUGAAGACACAGAGAAGAUCACACAGCUCAAAGACUUGAUGCAGGAGCAGGUCCACAUCCUGGGAGUCGGUCUGGCCGUGCACGAGAAGCUGGUACACCCAGAAAUGCGUCCCCUGCACAAGAAGCUGAUAGAUCAGUUCCAGAUGAUGAGGAGCAGCCUCUGCCAUGGUCUGCCCGGUUUAGAGAAGGCAGGUUCAGGAGCCAGCAGAGGGAUCCUGGCCUCACACAGCCCCAUGAGCCCAGAGAGCUUCAAACUCAUGCACAGACACAGUGAGACAGGAAACGUUGGCAGCCUUCUGAUCCUGGCUGACGGUUUGGUCGUGGAGCACCCUGAGGACUUCUACCGCAUGCAGGCAAGCCCCUCCUCCUCCAGUCUUAGCUCCACCCACUCUGCACCCUCUCAGAUGAUAAACUCAGCACCCUCCACCAUCAGAGUCGGCUCUCCUUCUCUGCCGGACAAAUACAGACACAACAGAGAGAUGCUGAUGCUGCUGCCGCCACACAGAGAGAGGCCAAGCAGCGCCAUGUACACUAACAUCACUGAGAACGGACAGCCCACAAACUUCCAGCGAGCGUUGUUCCAUCAGGUGAUUGGUCCCUGUAAACCCUGCAGCGACCCAAACCUCUCUGUGGCUGAGAAAGUCCUCACCACUCCCAGCAGUUGGAGUUUGGACAGCGGUACAAGAGAAGCCCUCCCCUUCCUCUCCGCUCAUGUUGGCAGUGUCAUGGCGCCUCCGGUUCCUCCACGAAACCUUCCUCAUGGGCAACACCUGUCGAUGCACUUUGAUGCUUUCCACCACCAGGUCAGCGACCUCCCUCCAGCUCUCCCUGCGCGCUCCUUAAGAAAGUCUCCUCUGCACCCUAUACCUGCCUCGCCCACCAGUCCACAGUCCAUCCUGGAUGGCAGUAACUCCACCUUGUCAGGCAGUGCCAGCUCUGGAGUCUCCUCCCUCAGUGAGAGCAACUUUGGCGGCCCCGCCUCCUCCUCCGACCCCCCGGCCAGCCGCACAGACACCCUGGAGUCCGUCCCCAGCAGUCAGGCCUGGACCACCGACCAGGAAGACCUGGACUCACCUUACCAGCCUGUCAGGUACAGCGUCUCCGAGCCUGAAGUCCUGGACGGAGUCAAACCCCCGCCCUGCCGCAGCCACUCUGCCCCAGGAGGCGUCGCCCCGGCCCAGGCAGGGGGUCAAAUCCAGCCCCAGGCUCCGGUCUCGGCCUCUACUGGAGCUCCACAACAACCACAGCAGCAGGAUGGGCUGCCGCACCCCCAACACCACUACUACCACCACCACCACUUCCACCCACACUACAUCCCCCACCACCCACCUCUGUACCACCUCCACGAGCCUCCUCCAGCCCUGCCCCCUAAACCCUACCUCAGAGAGGGCUGUAUCCCUGAAGAGGACCCCCUGAACACCCAGUCCGCCCCCCCUCCUCCCGCACCCCGGCCCAUGCCACGCAAGAUCUCCCAGCCCAUAAUCGCAGCAACCAAGGAUGAGCAAGCUAAAGUGGCGUGGGAGCACGGCAUCAGUGAGGAGUGAGACGCCGACUGGUGAUUCAUAGAAACUUGUAGAAUUGAAAUAAACAGAGUAAAAACUCUUUUCAGGGGAGAGCGAGAAAGAAGUGAGAGAGAGAGCCGAACUCAGGCUGAGAGAUGAAGUGAUGCUGCUCCUGCUCCAGUAACCAAACUAAUCAAAGAUGAAGGCUGGAAUGAUCAACGCCCAUCUCAUCCUCAGCAGCUCUGCCGACACCUGAAACGUGUUUAACUUUAAGCAGACGACAUGUCGCUGUACAAGCUUGAUUUGUUUGGUUAAAUCCAGAAAUAUUUAAAUCCAUCACAAUAAUGUCCUUAUUUCUAAAUUCUGCCCCACCUCCACUGAAUUUGCACAGACAGGUAUCUAUAUUAUGGAUUUUAUUUUUAUGGAUAACAUUAUACAAACAUGAUCAUUCAGAAGGUUAAAGAUUUAAAAAAGAGAGAGAAUUAUUCUGUGUAGUGACCUCGCUCUGAAGAUGUUUUGACAAGCAGCACUUUAACAAAGAAACAGAGCCCCAAUCGUAGAAGAAUAAUUAUAAUUACACAUAUUUUUUAUGAAUGCAGUCAAAGGAGAGACAGUUAUCGGCGGCUGUGCUGCUGCAUGAGGAUAAAGUGAUGAACUCACUGAAAACAAAAUUAAAUGAUUUAAUAAUGAAGACUUGUGUUCCAUAUUUUCCAACAAAAACAUCAGAGUAUGUAGAUAAAUGUAACACAGUAUAUAGAGGUAUAUAAAUAUGAUUUAUAUUCAAUUCUUAUACUUAAAAUUGAAGGUGAAACUUACGCAGACAUAUGCAAGAUAAAUGGCUUCCUGAGCUGUCGGUAGCUGCUCGAUGAUUCAUGACGUGCGCUUGUUUAAACGGACAGGAUGCUUCACACACAAACACUCGCAGGGUUUUGAUGCUGAAGCUGCUGAAAUGUUGCAUCCCCCAAAUUCAUGACGUUACAAAAGCCUGUGAAGGAUUUUCUUUAAGCUGAGGAGGCGUUCAAGGGAAGAGGCGUCACAUUUGUAGAGAGUAUUAACGAUAAUAAAUAUACACUUUUUGCCAUUUUUUUUUUAUGAAAGUAAUGAAAUGUAUUGACUGAUGUACAUUUUUUAAUCAGGAAACAGUUUUGUAUGCAUGUUCAUUCACUGACGGUUACAGUCUAAACAGAGACGAUCCCGUGAGGUGAAUCACAGGACGCACUGGAGAACUGAAGUUUCACCAACAAGGUUUAUCUCAAUGAAACUGGAGUAAAAGUACUGUGAAGGAUUAUACUUUUUUAUUUUGUUUGUUUUUGUUUUACAAAUGUGAAACUUUUUAUUUUCAGCCACCGGCUCAGAUUAUGUUCAUGCUGUCGUCUGUCUCAUCACUCCUCUCCUCUUUGCUUGAAGUGAACAAAACUCAACUGUGAACAGCUGUUAGCUCACCUGGUUUAGCUUCUGAACUACUGUGUGAUGUUUCUGUCACAACCAUUUAACAUGCUGAGUGUUUUCUGCCUGAUGCUGGUUCAGAUUCCAACCAGAGAAGUACACGAUGAACUUUAACCUUUGUAGGAAGAGAGUUUGAGUGCAGUCAGUUUAGUGUCCACAGACCUCAUGAAGGGCACAGGAAACUCGGUCGUGAGUUUAUAACUUUAAAUAUGUUAAAAGAAAGUUUUCACUGAGUCCCUGUUACGACUCACAGAAUGGCUCAUACAAUGAAGACUAAACAAACAACCAAGUCUGAUAGCCCGGCCAAAAAAGAAGGAACAACACCCACCAACCCACAAAGAGUUGCUAUGAUCUGGCCUCUUCACUCUGAUCUAAUUCCACUUGGAAACUAACAGAAAUAAUGCCGUAAGAACAGGACUACCAGAGGCAUCAAAUAACAGAAUAAGAAAAACACCAAAGCCUGUCAGGCACACCCAACAAGCUGCUGUAGAGGCCAGAGAAAAGAAGAGAGAAAUGGUUCAUACCAUUAGUAGGUAGGGGUCUGCACACCAUUUGACACUUAGCCUGCAGAUUUGCCAGCAUUUGCACGAAAUUUUAGUGGCAAAAGCGGCGUAUAUGUCACCACGACCACAUGGUCCAUACAAACACAAACAAGUGAAGGUAGACUGAUAAGACAGAGAGCUGAUGAUGUGAUUCAGGGUAACGUAACAUCCCAUUAUGAACAUCACUGGUAAAGCCACCAUGGAUUUUGCUCUGGAGGCCACUAUUGAUGUUUGUUUUGUCAGCUCGCUUGGCAGCAUGGUUGCUGCCGCUGCCUCACUCCAUUUAAACAACUGUAAUAAUAAUAAUACAUUUCAUCAAAACAUCCCAGGGUCACCUUACAGAGUUUAAAAAAAACAAAAGACAUAAUUUGAGCAGACACAUAUAACAGCUGGGAUAAAAACAGCUCUCCCGACCAUCGCUGUUACAUGUUAAGCACUGGCGCCUGAAAUGGAGUGGACUCUGUGAACCAGUCCUUACUCCUCCCACCAGAUCCACCUCAGCCUCAAGCACAUGCAUGUACACAUCAUAGCCAGCAAGAGGAGAGGAGCAUGUAACGUGUGAUAGAAACUACAGUGACCACAUGUUUUUAGGAAAUUACUGAACCUGUUUUUUAAAUUACAUUGUAUAUUUGUGAGGCUUCUCUAAAGACUUAUAUCUUCAGCAGGAACCAGUGGGCAUGGAGCCACAGACAGGUUGAGGAAGUCAGAGAGUUUUACAAGAAACAAAAUAUCUAAUAAUGUCAGCCGCAUCGUAGAAAUGUCGUCAUUAUACAGUUAAUUAUCACCAUGUUUGUUUCCAUCUGCUUAUCCUGCUUCAGAUGAAAUGUUCAUCUCCUCUCUGUGUGUUUCCUGUGGUGUGUGGUUGACAGGAGGUGCAGUUUAUUAUGACAACUUUCCAUUCAGCUCGUGGGUUUUGCUGCUGUGCAUGCCAGUUCACUGAUGAAAUGUCAUGCAGCCACAUUAGGAUGUUAUCAGAUCCAGAUGUUUUUCCUGCUGAGACAAGUUGAAAUGUGCAAAGCUGUCCUUUAGUCUGGAUUAUUUACCAUGAAAAUCAGAAGUGAAGAAUUUAAUUCAUAUUUCAGUCACAACUGGAACUAAACAAACAGAGCUUAAGCUGUGAGGGGUUAGGGGGCAAUUUUUAGAAAACCUCAGAAUCCUAAGAAUUUUCUUAGAAUUUCAUCACUAGGAGCAACUUUUUUUUUACUAAGCAGCUUUGUGAAUACGACCCCUGGUGUUUCGUCUAACUCCACACGUCCCAUUUUAAAUGCAUUUCUAAAUCCAGUUUUCUGUUCCUUUAAGGAAAUCAUUCCUUACAUUAUAAAUCCCCAACUGAAAACUCUAUGUAUUAUUUAUAUAUUUGAGAUCUGGGACUGUUAACAUUAAUCAUCUUGACUGUAAAUUAGCCCUCUGUCACUUUAGGAACAAAGGGGAGGCAUUGCAUUAAUGACUUGCAGAGACACUGAUAUUAAGAUUUUUGUCAUGUCUGGUUGCAGGGUGUGGUGACCUAAUGGAGAGAAGUAGCCUCUGAGUUGCUUUGAAUUCUGCUGAAAGUGAAACACUCACACAGCUGAGGCAGGAUGAGCGGUAAGAUCAGGUUUGAGGUUUGAGAGGGUCAACAUACUGUGCUUAUUGUUUGUGCCUGUUUUUCUCACUGCCUGAAGUGCAGAGCCACCCAGCAGAUGUUACCAGUCACUGGCAGGUUUGAGUCAGAGUAUUUACACAAGUGGACUUUUUAAAUUAUUUCUUGGCAUGGCUGCAAAUUGUUUACCUCUUUCUGUAAAGCACUGUGGUCCCAGCGCAGAUCUGUUGUUCAUCUCAUGACUGAAGUGCAGCUAAGAGGUUAGAGGUGGAUUCACAGGAUUUGACGGGAGUGAGACUUUCAGUUUGCGAUAAUGAACGUACCUCAGUCUGUGCUGUUACACCAGUGUUGGUUAAGUGUGUGAGUUUUAUCAUAUCAGGAGAGAGUUUGCACAGAGGGAGUAGAGAUUGUUUGGCCAUAACAUUAUGUUGCAGGUCACACAGUGAGCUGACAGUGGUAAAUGUAUUAAAUAUAAAGGCCUCUCAGUGUUCAGUUUAUUAGGUGUGUCAAGCCAAUGCAGCCUAAUACAACAGUUCUGCAGUGAAUCCUCUUUCAUGAAGGUUAUAAUGUUUGUGUUUCUGUUGUUUAGCCUGCACCCACUGAUACACUUAGAGUGGACACAAUAAUAGAAACACCUCUCACCACAAACUACAUCCUCCAAAAUGAUCAUAAAGUUGAAUAAACACCUCUCCAAAACAGUUUCAGCAAAAACUGAACAUUAUAAUGUUCAUGAAGGAGGAUUUACUGCAGGGCUGUAUUUGUCUUUAGCUCGGUGUACCUAAUAAACUGGCACUUAUACGCAACCCUCAUGUUUAAAAAAAAACCCAACAACUAGGGCUGUCAAACAAUUCAUUUUUGUAAUCACGAUUAAUCACUGAAUUUCAAUAGUUAAUUGUGAUUAAUCUCACUUUGUAUCGCAGCUUUAAAAUUCCAUGAUCUUGUGUUUCAAAUCAGUUUUGAAGUCCAUACUGAAGAGGUGAAGCAAUUCUUACCAGAGUGUUUUGAUUGGGAUCAAAUGAAUGCAAAGAAAUUUACUUUAUAAUCUUGACUUUUAGAUUUAUUUAUUUCAAAUCAGUGCUGCGCUGCUACAACAGUGUGCUCCAAGAGACAAAAUAGCAGCCAUUAACCCACUGAGCAUACUGUAGACUUACUUUUGUCUUUUUAAGGGAGGGGGCAGGGGAUCUUUUGGGGGACAUAGCAGCUCAACAGUAUAUGCCCUAAAGAAGUAGUAUAUAUCACCUGAAAGCUAGAAACCUGAAGAUUAAUUUGAGAUGCAGCUCAGCACUGUGUCAGCUUACUCUAGUCAUAAAUCUGUAAUAAACACUGCAUGCAAAGAAGUCAAUAGUUUGUGCUCAAAACUGUGAGGGAUGAACAUAAAAGGGACGUGUCUGUGAAGGUUAGACUCAUCAGGACCCACAGGAAUUCAGAGAUCUUGCAGUGAGAGGUCAAGGGACCUCUGUGAAAAUGCUGUUUUUCCCUCACCAACAUUUAGCCUAACUUUGGAGCAUUAUGUGACCCCCUCCCUGAGAAGCUAGCAUAACAUGGUACCACUGGAUUUUAAAACGCAGCCAACUAUAGACCUUUAAAGACAGGCGGCAGCAAAAGUGUUAUGUUCAGACCUUAAUCACACCUUCACACGUUAACACUGACAGCCCUGAAACAAACUUAAAUUCCUGCAGUCAGUUAUCUAACCCUUCACGUGACUGAUUGGUUGUGUCUUUCUGUGGGGAAAAAACUAUGCAAAGCCGUUUGUGAUCAGGAUUUAUUUUAAUCAGUGUCCAGUUUUUUGUUCCUGCAGUAAAUGCAUGAUUAAGAACAGAGAAAUUUUGCUGCAGUCUGGUACUUCAUAAAAGUGAUAAGUAAGUGUCCUGUAAGUAAACCUUAUUCUGUGGGGAAGUGAACAGAGGGGGGAAAAUGACACAGCGUGACUUUGUAAACAGUCUGUGAAACUAUGACUCUCACUUAGCGAUGCACCGGUUAGACUAGCAGUGAGCAUGCUGUGACACUAAAACCACUCAACACACUUGUUUGUAUGUCUUUGUUUUCUGUAAAUGCUGUGAUGGAUAGAAAGAGAAGGGAUGUGAAGGGAGAGCAGAUAUUCAGUGCACGGAGGAGACGGGUUGAUUACUGUGUACAUAAACAAGGACAGAGUGUAUUUAUACCGAUCAUAGAGGGCAAACCUUGUAUACAUGUAGACUGUGAUUGUCUCGCCUUGUACUUUCUGAUGUAAAACUGUUUUUAAACCUAGACAGCAGCAAACAACACAACAAGUUCCUUUUGUCUAAUUAUUCCGAUUAUUUCAGGGCAGCUGAGGGGAGGUUUAUUAUUAUGUUGUGUGUAUUUUGCAUCAAUGACAAACCCAGAUAGUGAGUUACUAUGAUGGUAUUCCUUUGUACAAUGAUGCUAAUAAGUAUUUCUUGUAUAUAAAAGUCUUUAUUGUGUUAGCAUGGGUAUAAACUGUGACGUGUAUGACAGUAGAUGUAAAUACUCACGUUUUUUUCCUACUCACUAAACAAACUGCUGUGUUGUGGAUUCAUGAUUAAUGACAAACAUUAAACAAUAAUGUUUUAUUGACUCAGCUCUGAUUCGACCUGCAUUCAU